AUGCGCGGGCAGCAGCGCCACACGCAGCACUCGGCGCGGUUUGUGGAUCUAGCAGAGGAGUCCAAGUCCGUCCUGUUAGAUCUCGGCGUCAUUCUCAAUCAGCGGUACCGGGGCCGAGGGCCGAGCCAUCAGACGCAACGAAGUCUUCAACGCAAGAACGAGGCCGUCAGUCGUCUGGAGCAGUUUAUUACUGACCAGCAAAGAGUUUGUGAGACGCAGGAGAGAGCUGAGCAAAGUAAUACGGUCCAGGAAGCUACGAUCGAGCGUCUUGAGAAGCAACUGGAACAGCAACGCUUAGAAUUGGAGCAAGAGCGACUGCGGACUGCAUUCGACGAAGAACGAGCUCAACUUCUGGAGCAAGCAAGUGACGCAGCGAAGACGCAGCAGGAUAUCAGCCGCAAGAACUGUACGGAGAGGGAAACGGCGCUCACGUGUCCGAUUUCGCUGGAUUUGUUCGAGAACCCGGUGCUCACUACUUGUUGCGGCAGGACUUUUUCGUCCGAGGCGCUAACUCAAGCGCUGAGGCGAAAUCCUCAGUGCCCCGUGUGUCGUGCACAUCGACUCGCGAGAAUCAGAACCGAAACGCACGCAGUCAGCGAGCUCAAGCUCGUGCUGGUGUUCCUCAUCGCCAGUCGUCCACAGCUCCAUCUGAUGCUUCGCCAAGUGACGCGUUGCCCAGUACUGGGUCAAACUCCAGGGGGCGACGUCGUGGAGGGAGGAACUCACGUCAACGUCGUAACUCGCGGUCAAGCUCUUCAUCUACCCCAGCUGCUGCCUCUCAACCAGCUCAUCAUACGAUCUCAAGUACCGACGCGGGACCCACUUCGUCAGCUGAGGUCAAGCUCGAAUUCCGCUCCAAACCAGUCAAGCAGUCCACGCUACGGUCGCGCGCCUAGAGAUAGCGAGCUCAACUUUUACGCCUAUGCUCACCAAGGAUAUUUGGGCUCGGACUCGGAUUACUAG